CUUUUGUCUUCUCGAUCUCUCUUUCUCUUCUAAGUUAGCCAAGCUCUUACUCUCUUCUUUGCCCCUUCUUCAUACUCACAUAUAUUCCACCUUCUCUUCUCUCAUUCCAUUCAUUAAUCAUGGGUUCUAGAGCUCGGAGGAAGCAGCACCAGCAGCAGCAGCAGCAAAGAUGGUGCACAGUACAAACUUUAACGCCAUUGUGGGAAGGUCCCGACCCUGAAAUGCAAGAAGAAGCAAAUAAGAAAGAAAGCUCUUGGGAAGUCAUUCGAGAAUGGUUUCGCAUGCAGAAAGGCAUUUCAUCAGCCAACAAUAACAAUAAUCUUUCGAUGUCACUAUGUAGUACUAAUAUUCCUCCUAAACGCCAAGAUUUAAGGCUUUUGCUUGGUGUUUUGGGCUGUCCUUUAGCCCCUAUUCCUAUUGUGAAUCACCCAACUCAUCACAUUCAUAUCAAGGACAUCCCCAUUGAAACUUCGAGUGCACAUUACAUCAUACAACAAUAUUUGGCAGCAACGGGAUGCUUAAAGCUACAAAAGUGUGCCAAAAACAUGUAUGCAACAGGAACAGUGAAAAUGAUUUGUUGUGAAACAGAGAUUUCUUCAGGAAAGAAUGUGAAAUGCUUGGGAACAAGAAGUGGGGAAAGUGGGUGCUUCGUUCUUUGGAAAAUGUCACCAGGCAUGUGGUCUCUUGAGCUGGUCGCCGGAGCCAACAAAGUCAUCGCCGGUAGCGACGCUAAAACUGUCUGGCGACACACCUCUUGGCUUGGAACUCAUGCAGCCAAGGGCCCCCAACGCCCCCUACGUCGCAUAAUCCAGGGGCUGGAUCCAAAGACCACAGCCAGCUUAUUUGCAAAAGCACAAUGCUUAGGAGAGAAACGAAUAGGAGAUGAUGAAUGCUUCGUAUUGAAAGUGGCAGCCGAUCGUGAAGCCGUGGUAGAAAGAAGUGAGGGUCCAGCCGAGGUGAUUAGGCACGUACUAUACGGCUAUUUUUGCCAAAGGAGUGGCCUAUUAAUAUACCUCGAGGACUCGCACCUCACUAGGGUUUCUACCCCGGAUAAAAAUGGGGAUAUUAUUUAUUGGGAGACUACCAUUGGUAGUAGUAUAGGUGACUAUCGAGACAUAGACGGCGUACUAAUUGCCCAUCAAGGGCGGUCGAUCGCCACAGUAUUCCGGUUCGGAGAGUUGUCGAUGCAACAUAGUAGAACAAGAAUGGAAGAAAUUUGGCGAAUUGAUGAUGUUGUAUUCAAUGUGCCAGGGCUUUCUAUGGAUCAUUUCAUACCGCCGGCUGAUCUCCUUGAUAAUGAAAAUUGAAAUUUCUUGGUUAUUAAUAUUAAUUAACUUUCUUUUGGGUUUUUGGGAUUCUAAUUUCAAAAAUAUUGGAGGGUUUAUGGUGUAUUAAUAUUUUGCUAGUGUAACAUGUAGUUGGUUUACAGUCAUUAUAAGAGAAUGGCAUUCGGGCUUGGUUCAAAAUAAUGGAUUUAUCGAUCUAUUUACUUGUUCUUA